GACCCAUUCGGUGAUGAGGAAGGCGCCGCAGUAAAGUACAGAACGUUGAGAUGGUGGUACCAGCACGUUCCAGUCAUGAUCGCGGAGACUAUCUCAUUGGGUAUACUUUCGCUGCCCUCAGUACUUGCGAGGAUCGGAAUGGCUCCUGCAAUCAUUUUGAUUGUGGGGUUGGGAGCUUUGGCGACAUAUACUGGAUAUGUUCUAGGCCAAUUCAAAGCAGCGUAUCCCCAUGUUCAUAACAUGGCCGAUGCGGGCGAAGUGCUUCUUGGGCCGUUUGGUCGCGAGUUUGGCGGGGCCGCGCAAACGAUCUUCCUCAUAUUCGUCAUGGGCAGCCACAUACUCACGUUCACAAUAGCUAUGAACACGAUUACUGGACAUGCUACGUGCUCAAUCGUCUGGGGAGUUAUCGGGUUUAUUGUGCUCUGGAUAUGUACCUUGCCGAGAACGCUCAAGAAGGUGUCAUAUCUCAGUAUUGGCUCGUUCAUAUCCAUAUGCGGCUCUGUUAUCGUUACAAUGAUAGCAGUAGGUGUCCAACCGUCACCUAAACUGCAUCUUGAUGCAACGCGCACUAUAGGAUUCUCGGCGGCGUUCCUCUCGGUGACAAACAUCGUGUUUGCCUACGCUGGCCAUGUCGCUUUCUUUUCGUUUAUCAGCGAGUUUCGCGACCCACGGGAGUUCCCUAAAGCGCUAUUCCUGUUGCAAGCCACCGACGUAUCCAUGUACAUCGUGGUUGCCACAGUCAUCUAUCGCUUCACUGGACAAGAUGUCACGAGCCCUGCACUCGGGAGUGCAAGUAACGUCGUAAUGAAGGUCGCAUAUGGAAUCGCGCUGCCAACGAUCCUGCUGGCGGGCGUUAUUUAUGGUCACGUAGCAUCCAAAUACGUCUAUGUGCGCAUAUUUCGAGGCACGAAGCAUAUGAGCCGACGCACAAUGCUUUCGAUUGGGUCCUGGGCGGCGAUCACGUUGACCUUCUGGCUCAUUGCAUGGAUCAUCGCUGAAUCCAUACCCAACUUCAACAACCUGCUCUCACUCAUAUCUGCCUUAUUCGCAUCGUGGUUUUCAUACGGCAUGAGCGGCGUGUUCUGGCUGUUCCUCAACUGGGGCUGCUAUGCGAGAAACUGGAAGAAGAUGGCCUUGACAGCCCUGAAUCUCUUCGUUGUUGCAUUCGGCGCAGCCGUUUGCGGCAUUGGCCUAUACGCAAGUGGCAAGGCCAUUCAUGAAGGAGGAGGGAGUGGUUCCUGGUCUUGUGAGGACAAUAGCGUGAGCUAGUGGCAGCACACGUGGAAUAAAACUGAAUGAAGGACGCGCGCUGACUGCAUGUUGCAUGAGGU